AUGCACAGGGCUAAGAUAUGGCACGAUGACCGGCCACUUGGCCUUGAUCGUCGCGAUCAAGUCUUUGCGCUGUUGAUGGAAGAAAAGUCCCUUCACAGCCUGAAUCGCCUCGUUCCAGCUCAGUUCAAGCUGGAUAAACUUAGUGAGGAUGAUUGCUGCUGGCCAGGAUUCGUUCCGCUUGAUUUCCUGCCGAGAAUUAUAAUCCAGAUCGAAGCUGGAGCAAGGGUAGACGACAUGAGCCUUGGAUACAUUCACGGCCACGGCUGGGAGUCGGUCUGUCUACCAGACAGAGAAUUUUUGACGCAAAUGCAAGGCGGGUAUCUGGUUUCGAGGGAAGUAGCUGCCGGCGAGUCUGAGAGCCAAAUUUCCAUUCUCGAGUACUUAAGUGGGAUGAGUCUUCUCUUCGAAGAACAAGGGUUUUCGAUGCAUGCUAAUGGCGGAAGGGUGAAGAUCUCUGGGAAGAAAAUCAAGAUGGAGAGAGCGCUCGAGGGUUUUGGCCGGUGUAUGAUUACCAAACACGAAAGAUCCUGCACGUGUCGGUUCUGGUACUCCAAUUCUCCUGAGAGAUUCAGGAGGUUCGUAUUACAAAAAACUUGUGGAUGUACAUGA